AUGAUGGUGAUCCAGAAAUUUGUGGCCGCUGUGGCUCUCUUUGGAAGCAGUGCAGUUGCCUCUCCGUUGCUGGACGUCUCCGCUUCAGUCUCCUUGAACUGGACCAGCGUUCAUAGUGUUUCCGACGGACCGACCAAGUUCUGGUACUCCAGUAUCGACCACAGCACUCCCGUUGUGCGCGGCUUUGCUCCCGACCUUGACGGAGAUGUCAACUACGCCGUCUUCAAGGCGGUGAAGUCCGGCGAUGGGGCGAGUAUCCAAACGGCGAUCAACUCGGGGACCAACGGUGCAAAGAGACACGGUCUUUGGUUUGCUUCCCAGCCACGAGUUGUGUACAUACCGCCGGGAACAUAUGAGAUCUCCGAGACCAUCUUCAUGAACACUGACACAAUUCUGAUGGGCGACGCAACAGACGUAAGGACGAUGGCCUCUCCCAUGCAAGCGGAACCACCCGUCAUCAAGGCAUCUUCGAAUUUCUCCGGCAACCAAACGUUGAUCUCUGGCCAAGACCCCGCAACUGGUAUCUCCGGGGAGCUAUCGUUUGCUGUCUCCUUGAAGAACUUGAUCCUCGACACUACCAAUAUCCCAGGAGACCAAGCCUUCACAGCCCUCUGGUGGGGUGUUGCUCAAGGAGCUCAGUUGCAGAAUGUCAAGAUCCGUAUGGCGCCUGCCAUCGGUGGUGAGGGACACAGUGGUAUCCGUCUCGGUCGUGGCUCGACUCUCGGAAUUUCGGAUGUUCGUAUCGAAUACGGGCAAAACGGUAUCUGGUACAACGGCCAUCAGCAAGCUGUCUUCAAGAGCAUCUACUUCUUCCAAAAUGCUGUGGGAAUGUUCAUUGACGGUGGCGCCACGAUCAGCAUCGUCAACCCGACCUUUGACGGCUGUGGCUUGGGCGUUUACCACGUCGCCGGCAACCCUUGGAUUGGUCUAAUCGAUGCCACUUCCAUCAACUCCGGUACGACACUGAAGACGACAGACUGGCCAAACUACUUGGUCGAGAACCUUCGUGUCAUCGACGGAAAAAGCGAAAACGCGGUCGAAGGACCUGGUGACUUCGUUCUGGCAGCCAAACCGUACAUAGCUCAGCUCUCGUACGCCAACACUGUUGGCCAUGAUCCCAUCUACGGCCCCAUUGAAGCAGCGCAGUUGAACCGUCCAUCAUCGCUGGCCCCUGGACCUGAUGGGCGUUAUGCGUACCUUCCAGCACCCAACGAUGCCGAGCUCAGCGUCCGAGACUUUCUCAACGUCAAAGAUCCUCUUCAGAACGGAGGCCACCUCGUCUUCGGCGACAACACCCGAGACGAGUCCUCCACUCUCAACGCCAUCCUUGGUCUCGCCGCUCGUCAGAACAAGAUCGCUUACUUUCCCUUCGGCAAGUACCGCGUCGACUCGACCCUUUUCGUUCCCUCCGGCUCCCGUAUUGUCGGCGAAGCGUGGGCCACCAUCACGGGAUAUGGCCCCUUCUUCACAGACAGCGCUCAUCCCCAACCAAUCAUCAAGGUCGGUAAUCCCGGCGAUGUGGGCACCGCUCACAUCCAAGAUAUGCGUUUCACUGUAUCGGACGUGCUUCCCGGAGCCAUCAUCCUGCAGUUCAACCUCGCCGGUGCGCAGCCAGGGGACGUGGCAAUUUGGAAUUCGCUUGUCACAGUCGGAGGAACGCGGGGUGCGAAGGCGUUAACGGACAAGUGCGUCAAUCCGGAGACAGACGAGCCGUGCAAGGCCGCUUUCUUGGGUAUCCAUCUCGCUUCGACGUCAUCCGUGUAUCUCGAGAACGUAUGGAACUGGGUAGCCGACCACAUCGCCGAAGAACCGAUAUCGCCGGGCGGGAGCAACAUUGCCGGAAAGGGCGGGGUGCUCGUCGAAGCGACCAAGGGGACCUGGCUGCACGCGCUUGGCUCGGAGCACUGGUGGCUGUACCAGCUCAAUCUGCGAAAGGCGUCGAACGUGUUAGUGACGAUGUUGCAAAGCGAGACGAACUAUGACCAGGGAGAUAACGCGGUGCAGGUGGUGCCGCAUCCGUGGACGCCGGACGUGGAGGGAUGGGGUGAUCCGGACUUUGGCUGGUGCGCUGGGCAGGAAAACGAGAAGAGGUGUCGGAUGGGGUUUGCGAACUACAUCAAUGGCGGAAGCGACAUUCGGACCUACGCGAGUGCUUCGUGGGCGUUCUUCAGCGGGCCGGGAUAUCAAGGGUGCGCUGGGCAGUAUCAGUGCCAGCGGUAUAUGCAUUGGGUGGAGGAGACGCCGGCCAAUUUGCAGGCGUUUGGGUUGUGCUCGAAGGAUACGUGGGCGACGUUGAGGUUGGAGAAUGGAACCGAAAUUGUCACGAACGAGGGGUUCACCGGGUCAUGGUCUGGGUCGGGAGGCGAUGUCGGCAGGUACACUCCGGAGGCAUCGUGA